AUGGCAAACGACUCUAGACCGACCCAGCAAGGCUUUGUCCCCCCCGAUUCACACCCCCAUCACCCCCAAACCCCGGCAAGCAACACCGGUUUGUUCAGUCCCAAGACUCCGCACACCUAUUCCUCGACGGCGGCUAGCCUGAUGCACAUUCAAGAGGACAUGUAUCAUGCCUAUCCACUUUCAUACCCCCGCAUGGUCCUCGAGCCAGUACCACAAUACGUGCCGCUCGUUAUCCUGAUCCUGGGCUACUCUCUAGGAGCGAAGGAGGCUUGCUCAUAUGAGUUGCUCGCCUUCCAGUACUAGAAAACCCGUAUCCUUGCCCCACGAUCUGCCGUCUCAACCUUCUACUUCUUCGUUUCAGACGUUCUCAGUCUGCUGCUUGUAUUUAUUUGAG